GUAACGGCACACGCGUGUUUUCUUUGCAGGUUUGAAGGUUAAAGAAGAAGCACCGGGUAGUUCUUGUCGUCUGUCCACUGCAGAGGAUCACCAGGGCGACGUGUUUGUGUUUAAAGCCGGGGACAGAGCAGCACUGAGGAGCAGACAUGGAUCCCAUGAAGGCGCAGCAGCUGGCGGCGGAGCUGGAGGUGGAGAUGAUGUCAGACAUGUACAACCGAAUGACCAACGCCUGCCACCGGAAGUGUGUGCCGCCACAUUACAAGGAGGCGGAGCUGACGAAGGGGGAGUCGGUGUGCCUGGACCGCUGCGUGGCAAAAUACCUAGACCUCCACGAGAAGCUGGGACGCAAACUGACAGAGCUCUCCGUCCAGGACGAGGAAAUUAUGAGGAAGGCAGCAGUAGGGAGCGAAUAGAGACGCUGUUAAACAGAAAGAAGUAGAGCAUUUUGGGGGAUUUAAAAGUUACGGGAUGGGGUCGCCAUAUCUGGUUUCUCUAAGGUGAGAGACUUGUGUUUUAAUGAGUGGUUGGGGUUGGAAAUCAAAAAGCAUAGAAAUAUAAGGGUCCAGUGAGAGAAACUACUUCCUCCACUGCAGUAGAGGAUAAGGAUCUGGUGGAAUGACAGCAGGAGGACAUCUUGAAACUUCUCCACCAGCCUCGUGUACAUUCAGCUUUGCCUGGUCCUUCAAAAUAUCGUAUGAAAAAUAACUGGAAAGAAGAAAAGGAUAUUAUUUCUAAAGUCAUACUUUGUGCUUGUUUUUAACUGCUCCGAAAUGAAAGGUGCUGUUUCUACUGAAGAAACUCAAGUAAUUUGAAGUUUUGUGGCACCAACCGUCUGGUACUUGUGGCAGGUUAAAACAAACACUAGGAAUGAUUUGCAUUUAGUCCCCGUUUUCCAAAUCACCCUUUGAACAUGGUUAAAAAUCAAUUUUCAAAGGGGGUAAAAGUAAACGGGGGUCAAAAUGUUGCUACACAACAUCGUACAUUGUCUGUUAUGUAGACAAGGUUUUGAACAAAACCUCAAAAUACAGUAAUUUAUACACGGAUGGAUCAGAACCAGCACUGAAUGAAUCAUGUCUUUUUAAACAAGACGCUAUGCAUAAAGUUUACUCUGUCAGGGCUGGAUGGUGCUGUGUUGACUCAACAAUAUCUCCAAUGCAGACAGCUGCAUCACUCCGGCUUAACGUGGACGUGUGUUGAAGAUGGACUCAACUCAUAAUUGUCAUGCUUGUGUAGACUGUAUUGUGCCCUAUGUGAGAGGACAAUGUUUUGACUGAUGUUUUUUUUUUUUCACAUGCUCACCACUGUGGCAUCUUUUUGCUACAUAUUGUUGAAGCUACACAGUGUUUUGAUGUUAUUAAGUACUCAAAUAAAAAUGUCUAUUAUCAUAACAA